AUGCGUCACACGACAAAUGACCGUCACGCAGCAGGUCGAAACCCGCGAACGAGUACCAUAGCCCGUGCAGAGCAGUCACGACGUUGGUCUAACGGCAAAGACGUCUUGCGCACUCCUUCGUCCGCUUACGACCAGGUCCGAGUGAGCGGUUUCUCGCCCGUCCGUCUCGACAGUUGGCAGCACUUUCGCUCGCUGUCGCAAGAGUACGAUCGCGUGUUUAAGUCCGACUCGUCGUCCAUUGCGCGUGACCCUGCGCGUUUCCAUGUUGGUAUUGAGCUCAAGCAGAUUCUGACGCCAACAACGAGCGCGCAAGUGCGCAAGACGAAGAUCAUUUGCGCUAUUGGACCAGCAUCGUGGUCGGUCGAGAUGCUGGGGCAACUGUUGGAUGCCGGGAUGGAUGUUGCCAGGUUGAACUUCUCACACGGAGAUCAUGAAGUGCACUUGAAGAGUCUGAAUAAUCUGAGGGAAGCAAUGGCCGCACGACCGGGCUGUCAUUGCGCAGUGCUUUUGGAUACAAAAGGACCAGAGAUUCGAAGCGGGUUUCUUAAAGGGCAUCGGCCUGUACACCUGAAGGCUGGACAGACACUGGAGAUCACGACGGAUUAUGGCGUGGAAGGUGAUAGCUCUCGCGUUGCCUGCACGUAUGAGCAACUGCCAACGUCCAUAUCCAUUGGCUCUACGAUUUUGUGCGACGACGGGAGUCUCGUUAUGACAGUGCUAGAAUGCCUGCCAGAGUCGAUUGUUGUGCGAGUGCACAAUGACUAUGUUCUUGAAGAGAAGAAGAACAUGAAUCUGCCAGGAGCGGCAAUUGAAAUACCCGGUAUCACGGAAAAGGAUAAAGAUGAUCUGCUGAAUUUUGCAAUUCCAAAUGGUGUAGAUAUAGUUUCAGGAUCUUUUGUGCGCUCAGCUGCAAAUGUGCGCGCAAUACGGGAGUGUCUUGGCGAAGCAGGUCGGCACAUCCGCGUUCAUGCUAAGAUUGAAAGCCAGGAGGCUCUUCAGAAUAUUGACGAAAUUAUUGCUGAGGCUGAUGGCAUUCAUGUGAGUCGUGGCGAUCUCGGUAUGGAGCUAUCACCGGAACGGGUAUUUUUAGCGCAGAAGCUGAUAAUCGGUAAAGCCAACCGUGCUGGCAAGCCUGUGGUCACCUCCACACAAAUGUUGCAAUCCAUGACAACGAAAGUUGUUCCUUCCAACGCAGAAUGUACCGAUGUCGCAAACGCCGUGUUAGACGGCACCGAUGCUAUGAUGCUAUCAGCAGAAACAGCCAAAGGCAUGUAUCCGAAGGAAGCAGCUGAAACAAUGGCCAGGAUUUGCGUUGAAGCAGAGCAAGCGCUCGACUAUGCGGAACUAUAUAGCCUGCACCGGGCUGCUAACCGACGGCACGGAAGCCUGUCCGAAUCUGUUGCCAGCUCGGCUGUCGAAAUCUCUUUGGACAUGAAUGCCAAACUGAUCAUUUCUAUCACUGACACAGGCGUCAGCACGACGUUACUGGCCAAAUAUCGUCCAAAAGCCAACAUCUUGGCUGUUACAUCCUCUGCUUUAACGUCGCAUCAGCUUGCUGGGGUGUCGAGAGGCGUGACGGCACUGUUGGUGGAAUCCAUGGUUAGUAUAGAUUAUCUCACAAUGAGAGCCAUUACACACGCAACAGAAAGGGGCUUGAUAAUGGAUGGUGAAGUUGUUAUUCUCGUUCAUGGACUCGACGAUUCCGUAUCGUCAUCGUCCAACGUGGUCAAGGUGAUCGAAGUUGCCAAACAAGACCGCAAGACGCAGCUUUACUAG